AUGGCGAACGAGGCGCGAUCGUGUCCCUGUGAUAUUGGGGAUCGAAUGGAGUAUGGGGGUCUUGGCGAGGAGGUUCAGAUCGAUCACUUUAAAGCAUAUUUAGUCAAGCCACAAGCAGCAUCUGAAAAGGCAAUAAUUGUCAUCCAAGACAUCUUUGGAUGGGAGCUUCCAAACACGAGAUACAUGGCUGAUAUGCUCACUACCAAUGGAUACAUUGCUGUUUGCCCAGAUUUCUUCCUCGGAAAGGAGCCAUGGAGUCCAUCACAUGACCGGGCUACAUUUACCACAUGGCUUGAGGACAGAAAGCCGACCAACAUCAACAAAGAGGUGGAGUCACUGCUGAGGUUCUUGAAGGAGCAAUGUGCUGCCAAAUACAUCGGAGUAGUAGGCUUUUGCUGGGGUGGGAUUGCCACUCAUUACCUGGCCUUGAACAACCCUGAGAUUAAAGCUGCUGUGUCUUUUUACGGUAUCAUACGUGAAGAAGGGGACAAGUAUAAUCUGAAGAGUCCAACUCUUUUUAUCUUUGGAGAAAAUGACAAUUUGAUUCCACUGGAUCAGGUGAGUAUUAUAAGUUCAAAACUAAAGGAGAAAUGCACCGUGGAUUACAAGGUGAAGAUCUUUCCUGGCCAGGAUCACGGGUUCGCCCACCGUAAGCGAGAGGACAUCAGCCCUAAAGACGAGCCGGGAAUUAAGGAAGCCAGAGCUGAUAUGAUCAACUGGUUGAACAAAUACAUUUGA